UCCUUAAAUUGUCACUUCCGAUUAAAUUUUCUCGAGGCACAUUUCGCCAGACUUUGCAACAAACCGCGAAAGAAAAGCUAUAUUUAUGAGUCAAAAUGCCACCAAAGAAAAAUGAACCUGGCAAAAAGACGGUUGAAAAGAAAAAGGACAAGGUUAUAGAGGACAAAACUUUUGGUUUAAAAAACAAGAAGGGAGCCAAACAGCAGAAGUACAUACAGAAUGUCACCCAGCAGGUCAAGUUUGGGAACCAGAAGGCCAGUAAAUUGGCACAGCUGGAAGCAGAAAAGGGAAAGAAGAAAUUGGACAAGAAAAAAGAAGCUGAAGAGCUAAACACUUUAUUCAGGCCUGUACAAACAAUCUCCAAAGGUGCUGAUCCCAAAUCUGUGUUGUGUGCAUUUUUUAAACAAGGACAGUGCUCAAAGGGAGCUAAGUGUAAAUUUUCACAUGACCUGAACAUAGACAGGAAAGGAGAGAAGAUCAAUAUAUACGCUGAUUCCAGGGAGGAGGAUACAAUGGAGAAUUGGGACGAAGAUCAACUCAGAGAUGUCGUAAACAAGAAACACGGAGAACAGGAAAAGUCACUACCCAAAACCACCAUUAUAUGUAAAUAUUUCCUAGAAGCUGUGGAAUCAAGCAAAUAUGGCUGGUUUUGGGAAUGUCCCAAUGGAGGGAAGAAAUGUCACUACAAACAUUGUCUACCCCCAGGUUUUGUUUUAAAGAAAGACCAAAAGAAAGAAGAGAAAGGAGAAACUAUUACGAUAGAGGAGUUAAUUGAAAAAGAGCGUGCAGCACUUGGAGGUGGAACCACAAAAGUCACGUUAGAAUCAUUUCUGAAAUGGAAAGAGAGAAAGAGGAAAGAGAAGAUUGAGCAAGCUAAAGCUGCCCAAGACAAGAAGAGAGCUGACUACAAAGCUGGCAAGGCAUUUGGAAUCAGUGGAAGGGAGAUGUUUGAGUUUAACCCUGACCUUGUGGGAGAGGACGAUGAUGAGGCCACAGAAGGGGUGAUAGAGAGAGAGCUGGAUUCUGAUGAUGAGGCUGAAGAGCGAGUGAAGGUACAUGAUAUAAACCUGGACUAUUUAAUGUCAACGGCUCAAGAAUCUGAUGGCUCAGGUACCGUGGUUACAGAGCGGACAUUUGAGGUUUCCUCGGGGGCAGGAGGCGAGCCUUCAUCAGCGAUGUCAAAUAAAACAGAUGAAUCUACGAAGCUGGAUGAAGCAGCCGCCCUACCUCCAGAAGACAAACCUGCCACAGACACGGAUGCCGCGAUAGCUGCGGCAAUGGCUGCCACGGUGAACGGUGAGGAGGUGGAGAUUGACGAGGAACUUUUCGGUGGUGAUGAUAUUGACGAUGUGGAAGAUGAACUAGACACUCUAGAUCUUGAGGAUGAAUAGCAGUGCUGUCCCUUGAUUUAUUUAUCUGUUCCAUGUUUCCCUCAGUUUAUAUGCCUUAAUAUUUUCCAAACUGAAUGCAAAAACAAAAUCUUGCAAUUAAAUCUGAAUACUUGAAUUGUGAAAGAAAUACAGGUGUCAUAAUAUAUACUUCAGCUCUAGUUGAUAUGUUGUCAUUUUGAAUGAAAAGAAUAAAAAAAAGUACUGUUUCGAAGGUUAAUUAUACUACAUAUCAAAAUGAUUAUACAACUGUGGGGUCAUUUAAAUUUCUGCACAUGUUAAAAAAAAAAAACUCUGGUUACUGACAUUAGUAUACAGAGUGUGCAUUGAUCAAGUUGGGAUUAGAAGAUAUGUAAAUUCAUAAGAAUUGUCAAAAAAAUUCAUUAUCAUUGGUCCCCAACUAACAUUAAAAAUGCUACAGUAACAUGUACAAUGUAGUCGUGAUAAAUGUGUUAAUUAAUCUAAGGAUUCCCUUUAUAAAAUGAAAUAAUGUAUUAUGAAAUUUAAGUUUUGUAAAAAAUAAAAAUAUUUAAUGGUUUAUUAUGCAUUUUUUCUGUUAUAAAAGUUUGUGUUCAAUGUGAAAAAGGCUAACCACCAAUCAUGGUAAACAAAUAUAUUGAUUGUGAUGCACAGAUCUUUUACAGUGUAUAUAUAUCUGCAUUUGAUGAAAAAAUUUUAAGCUUACAUUGUAUAAACAGUGUGUGUAUACAUUUGCUGUUUGAUAUAUUCAUAUGUUUCCAAAGUGCUGUACUAAUGUGAAUUACUUUCUAGCAUAUAUAAUUUUUAAAAAAAAAAAGAAAAAUGCAAAAAACUGUACGAAAUCUUAUUGAUAAUGUACUUCAGUCAAGUUGAUUAUGGAGUCAAGUAACCAAUUAGGAAUUACAUGUACUAGUUUUGUUUUUAAUCCAUACUAUAAAGAAAAACUUUUUUUUUAUUUCAUAAAGGAUCACAGCACUGGUUUGGUAAUAAGUUUUUUUUACAUCAUAGGUUUAAAACAACUUCAAUAGAAAUGUCUGAGACUUGCGAUAAUAAUUUAUUAUAAAAUUCAGGUGUGUAAAAUAUGGCAGUAUUGGAUAUUAUAUGACAAGGAUUGGCAAGCGGAAUGAUUGUCAUGGUUGAAAAUUGAAUAAAUGAUUAUAAUGUUUCAGUUUCUCAG